GCUGUCCGGCGGGGGGCGGGGGACCCCUUGUCCCCGCGGGACCCCGCCUGCCAGGACGCCGGCGGCGGCUCGGCCAUGAAGCUGAAGCUGAAGAACGUGUUUCUCGCCUACUUCCUAGUGUCGAUCGCCGGCCUCCUCUACGCGCUGGUGCAGCUCGGCCAGCCAUGUGACUGCCUCCCUCCCUUGCGGGCAGCAGCAGAACAGCUUCGGCAGAAGGAUCUGAGGAUUUCCCAGCUGCAAGCUGAUCUCCAUCGUCCAGCCCCUGUCCCUGCCCAGCCCCCUGAGCCUGAGGCCUUGCCUACUAUCUAUGUUGUUACCCCCACCUAUGCCAGGCUGGUGCAGAAGGCGGAGCUGGUGCGGUUGUCCCAGACCCUGAGUCUGGUGCCCCGGCUGCAUUGGCUGCUGGUGGAGGACGCUGAGGGCCCCACCCCAUUGGUCUCGAGGCUGCUGGCUGCCUCUGGCCUACUCUUCACACAUUUGGCAGUCCUCACUCCCAAGGCCCAGCGGCUCCGGGAGGGUGAGCCAGGCUGGGUUCGACCCCGAGGUGUAGAGCAACGGAACAGGGCUCUAGACUGGCUCCGGAGUGGAGGGGGCGCUGUGGGGGGAGAGAAGGACCCACCCGCCCCAGGAACCCGGGGAGUUGUGUACUUUGCUGAUGAUGACAACACCUACAGCCGGGAACUCUUUGAGGAGAUGCGCUGGACCCGUGGUGUGUCAGUGUGGCCUGUGGGCCUGGUGGGCGGCCUGCGAUUCGAGGGCCCUCGGGUACAGGAUGGCCGGGUUGUGGGCUUCCACACGGCAUGGGAGCCCAACCGGCCCUUCCCAGUGGAUAUGGCCGGAUUUGCAGUCGCCCUGCCCUUGCUGUUGUCUAAGCCCAAUGCCCAGUUUGAUGCAGCUGCUCCCCGGGGCCACCUGGAGAGCAGUCUCCUGAGCCACCUCGUGGAUCCCAAGGACCUGGAGCCACGGGCUGCCAACUGCACUCGGGUUCUGGUGUGGCACACGCGGACAGAGAAGCCCAAGAUGAAGCAAGAGGAGCAGCUACAGCGGCAGGGCCGCGGCUCAGACCCAGCUGUGGAGGUGUGAUGGACGCCCCACCCUGACUACCAUUUCAUGAGGCACAGACCUGUGGGACUGGGCCCCUGGCCGGCCCAGGAUUCGGUUUUCCAAGUCCUGACCCCUCGGAGCCAGGGGCCGCCCCUCUGCCAUUUCAGUCCAGCUGCUUUCACCCUCCCCAAGCCUGUCGUGUGGCACUGCCCACAAGCUGGGGACAAGCAGCCCUUGUAUUGAGCCGGGUCAGCCCUGUCUGGGGCGGAGCAGAAGGACAGACAGACUCAGGAGGGAGGGCAGCUGAAUAACUGGGUAACUUAUUGGGGCUGGGCAUGCACUGGGGGGCUGGAGGAGCUGGGCUGGACCCUCCCCACCUGAGCAUGCUGACCCCCCCUCCUACCUCCAGAAUAAAAACAUGUCAACCUGGA